AUGGCCUCAAUGAAGCGCGUACUCAUAACGGGAGCCAGCCGCGGCAUUGGCCUCGAGCUCGCCAGGCACUACAAGGCCAAAGGAUGGCUCGUAAUCGCGGCUGUACGCAACCCCGCGACAGCAAUCGAGCUGCAUGAGCUGGGUCUCGAGCGCAUUGUCGCCAUGGAUGUCAUCGACGAAUUGUCUAUUGACGCAGCGGCAUCAACGAUUGGCCCCGACACGCCGAUCGACCUCCUUCUCAACAACGCUGGUAUUCUCCUCGUCAACACGGUCGGGCCGUUUCUCGUCACGAAGGCAUUCUUGCCCAACUUGAACGCUGCCGUGAAGACGCAGGGACUCGCAAUUGCCGCCUAUAUCACGUCCAAAAUGGGAAGUAUCGAAUGCAACGUCGCCGGUAGCUGCUACGGGUACCGAGCGUCGAAGACGGGCCUCAAUAGCCUCAUCAAGUCCCUCGCGAUCGAGCUCGGGCCCAAGGGUAUCUCAACGUUGCUGCUCCAUCCCGGUUAUGUCCAAACCGACAUGAAUGACAUGCGGGGCGAGCUCACAGUAGCCGAGAGCAUUGCCGGCAUGGCGGCCGUUCUCGAUACUGUAAAACCUGGUGACAAUGCCAAGUACUACGACAUCGAUGGAAGUAUUUUGCCGUGGUAA